AUGGACAUUGUCACAACGACGACAACUUCUCAAGAAGUUGUGGUAGCAGCAGCAGCCACAGACGACAAACUUGAUCUAGCACUCCAACCCUCACCAGAAGAUCAGGACGAAGAAACUCAGAAACAUCAACUCAACUGGACCGGAUCGACAGGGCGCAACACCUCCUACUUCAGCACCGUCUCAAGGGUUACAACGUGCCACGACGAGCGAGCGCCGCUACAAUUCGUCGUCGUCGCCAUUGACUUCGGGACCACAUUCAGUGGCUACGCUUUCAGCUUCACAAAAGACGUCGACAGCAUUCACGUAAUGAGAAAAUGGGAGGGGGGCGAUCCGGGUGUCACCAACCAAAAAACGCCCACCAUUUUGCUGCUGACACCAGAAAAGAACUUCCAUUCUUUCGGAUUUACGGCCAGAGAUUUCUAUCACGAUCUUAGCCAGAAGGAGGCAAAGAGGUGGCUGUAUUUCGAGAAGUUCAAGAUGGCGCUCCACUACAAUGCGGAUUUGACCAGUGAAACUGAAAUUCAAGCAGCCAAUGGCGUUUCGAUGAAGGCUAUAGAUGUCUUUGCACAUGCGCUAAAAUUCUUCCGAAACCACGCGCUCCUUGAAAUAAGCGAGCAGAGUAACACGCCUUUAAACGAAGACGAUAUAAGGUGGGUGAUCACGGUACCGGCCAUUUGGAAGUCUCCAGCCAAACAAUUCAUGCGUGAAUCAGCGUACAAGGCCUGCAUAGCAUCCCAGGAAAAACCAGACCAAUUAAUAAUCGCCUUGGAACCGGAAGCAGCUUCAGUUUUCGUCAGACGCCAAAGAUUAAAACAACUAAUUCCGGAAGUGGUGGACGAGCUGAAAGACGCUCGUCACGCAGCUGCAGCUGCAACUAACGCAGCCACAGCUGCUGAAAGAGCAACUAACGCAGCCACAGCUGCUGCAGGAGCUUCAUCUCCAUCGCCGACGACAAAAUCGCCCCCAUUCAUGGUGGCCGACUGUGGUGGUGGAACAGUUGACAUCACAGUUUACGAGAUGCUCUCAGCCACUGGGGGUCAACUCAAAGAGGUUUACAAAGCCACUGGUGGCCCAUACGGAUCGAUUGGAGUCGACUUGGCGUUUGAGAAACUCCUAGAGGAUAUAUUCGGCCGGGAUUUCAUCGACAUUUUGAAACUGAAACGACCCGCGGGUUGGGUUGACCUCAUGAUGGCCUUCGAGUCUCGAAAGAGGGCUGCCAACCCCUUCAAAACCAAGCCCCUUAAUGUUUCACUGCCCUUUUCCUUCAUUGAUUACCAUAAAAAGUUCAGGAACUCUACUGUGGAAUCGGCAGUACGAAAAUACAACAGCAAAUACGUCAAAUGGUCGUCACAAGGCAUGCUGAGGUUGAUGCCAGAAGCCAUGGAGGCUCUAUUUCAACCAACGCUGGAUAAUAUAACUGCUGCUAUUAAUAGCGUUAUGUCGCAAGCUGAAGUUGUAGGUCUGUUUGUAUGUUUGUUUGUAUGUUUGUGUGAAUGUUUGUAUGUUUGUUUGUGUUUGUGUGAAUGUUUGUAUGUUUACAGAGUGAAAAUUCUGAUACCGAACGAUGUAUCUAUGGCCAUCUUGAAAGGAGCAGUGAUAUAUGGAAUAGAUCCGUCCGUAGUAGUGAUCCGGAAGUCGAGAUUGACUUACGGGUUGGGGGUCUUAAACAGAUUUAUCGAAGGCAAACAUCCUGAAAGCAAGAAAGCAAUAAAAGAUGGAACGCCCUGGUGUGUUGACGUGUUUGACCCUCUGGUCUUCGCCAACCAAUCAGUAGCUUUAGGUUCGUCUGUCAUAAGAAGUUACACGCCAGCAAGCCUGGACCAGAAGUACAGUCUGUUCCACAUUUACUGUUCGGAAGAUAGGGAUGUAAGUUACGUCACAGACGAGGGCGUAGCCAAGUGCGGCACCCUUCGGCUCGACCUUGACAACCACCAAUGGGAGUUAGAGUCCAACCCACGAGAAAUUCAAGCCAGACUGACUUUCGGCGAUACGGAGAUAAAAAUAGUGGCCCUGGAUGUGGCCACAGGAAACUACGUCAGAGCCACUCUCGACUUUCUAAAUAAAUAA